AUGGUUAUAAAAAGCAGUAAUCUAUGAGGAUGAGUCAGCUAACGUGUUUUUCGGCCAUCGAGAUUACUUGAAAAUGAAGCGAUAUUUUUGAAACUAAAAUCUACUGAGUCAGAGAAUUCUUUUUCAGUUUUUUUUUUUUUUUUUUUUUUUUUUAAAUAGAUUGUCAUAUUAAUUUUUCCUCGUUUUCUUAUUUAUUCUGACUAGAUAAAAAGUUUAUAGAUAAUUAAAUUCAAUUACGAAUGAGACAACACGCAAUGAGAGAGUCGACAUCUUGUUUCAAAUUUCAUUUCCAAUUGAAAUUUAUUCUGCGAUAAUUUCUUCAAUGACGAUUUUCUUUCAUCGCGUAGUCACUUCGAUCACAUCUCGGCACAAUUCGGCAGAAUCUACUUCUACGAACUAAUUACGAUAAAACGUACGAUAUUCACGAGAAAUAAAUGUAAGACAAAUAGACUAAAUUGUCAACGAUUUAUUCAUUUUCAGGCGAAAUGCCGGUGCCAGUUUGGGGUUGUCCUGACCUGGGCCUGUUAGACGAGACCCCGGACAGCGCAACAGUGGUGUCCGACGACAUAUGGAAGAAAUUCGACCUGGACUUCCUCCCGCUAGAUCACUACUCCGAAAUGUACUACGAAUACAGUUUCGACGACGGUGUAUUGCCAGAUGUGCAGGAUGGUGGGAUGACCUGCACGGAAUCACGAGAGAAGAUACGCCAUCACGACUGCAUGUGGGCAGGUUUGUGCAUUAGCAAAGAGCACAACAGGACGUUGCCUGCGAAGAAGGACUCGCAAAUACAGAAGAAAGUUCCGGCUGGUCGAAGUGUUUUGAUAUCACGAGCGAACACCGCCUAUCUAGGGGCAUCGUUGCCCAUCAAUCAUCAACAGGCCCAACAAUUCUGCCGCGCGAAAUAUCAUCUGGACAGUGAUGGCGACUCCACUAGACCGGACACACCGAGCUCCAGCUCCGACACAGAGACAGAGGACGAAGGUCCUUACUUUAGACACGAUCAGAUCAACAUACACGAGAAACUGUCUGAAUGCAUGUCAGAGGAGGCUACGAAAGUCGCUUCAGUAAACGGGAACCAGCGAGUGACCGGUCGACGUGGCAGAAGAAAAGUGGAAAGUCAAACGCAGUGUCAUGUGACGAAUAUUAGGAACACACUCAGUGAUCAUUGUUACCAUUUGAACCAGCCGAUCGUUCAGAACUUGGAACACCUUGGUGUACAGACUCCCUCCGAUUCUGGCGAGUCACCUACUGAUUCGGUAACACAAAUGUAUCGCUUGUCCUCGGGUCCCGGGAUGCAUUUUAUCUUACGCAUCCGCCGAAGGAUCAACGAGUUUAUUCAUCUGGUUCUUUUGUGCCCUCCUAAACGGAGGCAGAGCGCGCAAGGUCGGACUAAGGAUCCUCUUAAUCGAGUGCAAUUGACGGCACGGCUCUCCCGGGCGAGAGUGCAGUUCGCCGAAUUCGGGUACCCGCAUGAGUAUGCUAAUCAUGCGCCUUGGUUGUUCGUCAUUCGUCGUGGCAGCACACGGUAG